UUCAACCUCCCCUAUACCCAGUCUGGGAUGGCCUGCACUCCAGUUGGUUCAAUUUCAAGUUGCAAUAAAAGUUACGUGGAGUUGCAAAUGAAAGUGAACGUCCGCAGCAUCUUCGCCUAAUAAGGGAAUCGCCUGCCAAAGGUGUUGCCAAACCUGCUGGUGGUUUCCAGUUCCACAACAAUCAGGGUGAAAAAGGGACCCCACCCGGAGUCACCUGUUCCUGUUCUCCGGAGAUGCCGCCUGGCCCGCAAACUUACUCCAGCGUUUCGAGUCUUUCUUCCGUGUAAACCGGCAUCUGCAGACGAUUUUUGUUGCGCGAAGCGAGCGGACACUGAAAGCUGCAUCCUCCGUGUUCCUGUCGCCGCUCGCAAUGGAUCCGAGUCCUCCCACCAUCAGCGCCUCGUCUCCCCGCAGUACAAAAAGUGCAGACUUGAAAAAGAUUUACUUCAUUCUGUUACUGAUUUAUCAAUUUUCACAAGUAACUGCGUGUGGUCCAGGCAAAUAUGAACAUAAUGGUGUCUGCUGCUCAUUGUGUUCAGCUGAUUUGGGACUUCAAAUUAAGGAAGUGUGUACCAAAAUACACAAUACAACAUGUGAGCCCAGAAAAGGGUAUUACUGCAUUGAAAACUGUCAGAUGGCUAAGAAACACACAACAUGCCCACCAGGUCAAGGAGUUAAAGAGAAAGGGACACCAUUAAAUGAUACCGUGUGUGAGAAGUGUCCUGUAGGAACAUUUUCAGGCAGUGAUUCAUCAAUGGAAGCGUGCAAGAACUGGACAUUAUGUGAAAAGCUCAAUCUACAACUGGAUAAACAUGGGAGCAGUGAAGCUGAUGUAAAGUGUGCAGAAAAUUACAAUUUAAGACUUAUCAUUUCAGUUGUCGCAAUUGUGGUUAUCGUUUUGAUUUUAACUGUGGCAGUUGUUUUCUGGAGGUAUCCUGAACUCAGACCACGUUUCUAUAAAAGACGAGAGAAUGGGAUUGGUAGGGGUGACAGACCAUCUCCAAUUUGGAAUAACAUCAAUGGGCAUCCAUCUGAUUCAACAACAAUGCCUCUAAGAAGCAACGAGCAGCCUUAGUGCAAAGAGAUUGAAAUUACCAAGAGUACCUGAAACAGAAGACUAUUCCAGUCCAGCACCAAGAAGCUCAAAUGUUCUCAUCCACUGAACAGUUCAGGCUUCACCUUAUUUACAUAUUCCAUGUUGUCUUUACACAAGACACUACUCCUCUGUAUAACAUCUUCAAACCCUCAGUCGUCAAAUGACCAGCAGCUGAAGAAUAAAAGACUUGAAAUGAAAAGAAAAAUUUGAUUUUGAGAGAACUUGUCGACAAUAUCAGUAAGAGUUUCUAUGGAUAUAUGAAAAGGAAAUGGAUGGCUUAAGCGUGGGACCUCCAGAGAAUGAUGUUGCUGACUUAAUAACGCGGUUAGGGAGCCUACUCUUGCCCAUUUUUUGUACUUAUACUCGCUGAUAGUGACCGGAAAAAACAAUUGGUCGAACUAGUUGCCAAAUAAUAGUCUCCCUUUGAUUCUGAUGGGGAGGAGUGAGUGUUGUUCCUGAAAUGUCAGAACUGCAGCCUCAAGAGGCAAAGUGGAAGUGUUUAAUGUGAUGUCCUUGACUGCUGAUGAAUCAUCACUUUCCAGGAAGUGCUAGUAGCUGAGAUCCACCUGCAAGAGUGAUGGGAGGCUAUGAGAGUCCAGUAGACCCUCUACUUCAUCACCUUUACUUUACCAUCGAGACCAUCUUGCUUUUCAAAGGAUGUAGCCCAUUCAGUACACAGUGAUAUUGUCAAUUCCAAAAAUGAAUUGUAACAGUCGAUGAUUUAAUGUCUAAAGGUGCUAACUAUAUUGUACAUAUUUUUCUCACUAUUCUAUGAAAUAAAUGUUAACCCAACGAGGAUAAGUAUCCUGGGAGUCUUAACUAUCUUCUGCACCUCUGCUGCUUAAUACAGGGGUCUAUAGGCAUGGGCAUCAUGUGCUCUACAGGGCUCUCGCUUAACUUUUUUUCCCUGUUGCCAGCCGGGCAACCUUGGCAGCUUUUUAGUUUUCCAAAUGACAGUUUAGGUGGUCAUUCAAGAUGGCUUGCAUGACACGCGCGAUAAUGUGCUCGGAUAAAGCACGUAGUUACCAGUCGGAAUUAUACUCAAUGAAGCAUUCACAUAUUAUUUCUGCUUCAAAUAAAGUCACAAACUAAACAUUCACCAAUAUAUCCCACAAUGCCAUGCAGCAAAAUUAUAAGACAGUAUCUCAACUCUUUUUACACAUUGCAGUUAAUGCAAUUUCUAUUAGUUCUUUCCACUUCCAAACAAGAUUAUUUGGAUUAUUCAGCGUAUGAUCAACCUGUGUCAAUAAAUCCUGGACCAUGGUAACAUAUAUGCGUACGUACAGUUGUGAAUGUUGCUCAAUAAAUAACUACAGUACUGAUA